AUGGAAACCGAAGAGUUUAGCUUGUUUAUCUUGGUGACAGUAGCAUACGUCAAUGCAGAUUCUGUGAACGUGGCGUUUGGUAAAACAACCACACAAUCUGGUGAGAUAUGGCCGUCUAAAAAUGCAGUCGAUGGAAUAAGAUACUGUCCAUUCGUUAAUGAAAGUUACUACACUUUAACAAAUUACAGUCGUUUACCUUCGUGGCAAGUGGAUCUUGGAGACUUGUAUAGAAUUGAGCAAAUCAAUGUCUAUGGAAGACAUGACAACAUUAUAAUUUAUCUUAGUGCUAUUGUGUAUAAAUCUAGAAGCUUUUUAGACUCAUUAUUUGGAAAAAUCAGCUGCAAGGAUUUCGACUUUUCCUCUCAGCCUACAACUUCAGUGAAAAGUCCAUUCCAGUAUACACAAACACUGAUGUCGAUUACAAUAAUGGCACUGUCACCUGAGGUUAACGUUUUAGAUGGAAAUCCUGCCUCUGCACCAGAUAUAUGUGACUGUUGCUGGGCAUCCGCUAAUGAACAAAAUCCAUGGCUUGAAAUGCUGCUACCUUACUUGGCACCAGUUAUAACUAUCAAUGUUAUUGGACGAACGGAUUGGUACAGAACACUGAUAAGCAGAAAUCUAGUCGGACUGAAAGUACAAAUUGAUAGCAGGGUGGUUCCUAACAACUGGAUACUGAUAAACACAACAGAAAAUGCUAUAACUGUAUACCCACAAACUUCAACAGUAAAAACCAUAAGACUUACAAGACCUGGUAGUGGAAGAGAAUGGUUCCUUACCAUCUGCGAGAUUAAAGUCAAUAGAAAAGCUUGUGAAUCCGGGCAGUAUGGUCCACAGUGUGCAAGUUGUUACAAAUGUAAACAUGGAACAAUAUGUAACCCCAUCACAGGCGCCUGUCCUAAUGGUUGUCAGCCAGGUUACCACGGAGAGAAAUGCGACAUGAAAUGUGAACUUGGACGAUUUGGUCAUAACUGUUCAUCAUACUGUAGUGUCCAUUGCCUAAAUGGUUUAUCCCAUUGUGAUAAAGCAACCGGCAAAUGUAACCGAGGAUGUGAAGCAGGUUAUAUGGGGAAAAAUUGUUCCGAAGGUUGUCCAGAUGGCAAAUAUGGUCCUGACUGUUAUUCAACGUGCACAAAUCAUUGUUACAAUGGGACAAGUCAAUGUAACAAGACUACAGGUGACUGCAUACAUGGUUGCACAGGUGGAUAUUUUGGUCAUAAUUGUUCAUCUGAAUGUCCAGAUGGCAAAUUUGGUCUUGACUGUAAUUCAGCGUGCACAAGUCAUUGUUACAAUGGGACAGGUCAAUGUAACAAAACCACAGGUGACUGCAUACAGGGUUGCACGGCUGGAUAUUUUGGUCAUAAUUGUUCAUCUGAAUGUGAACUUGGACGAUUUGGUCGUAACUGUUCAUCAUACUGUAGUGUCCAUUGCUUAAAUGGUUUAUCCCAUUGUGAUAAAGCAACCGGAAAAUGUAACCGAGGAUGUGAAGCAGGUUAUAUGGGCAAAAAUUGUUCCGAAGGUUGUCCAGAUGGCAAAUAUGGUCCUGACUGUAAUUCAACGUGCACAAAUCAUUGUUACAAUGGGACAAGUCAAUGUAACAAGACCACAGGUGACUGCAUACAGGGUUUCACGGCUGGAUUUUUUGGCCAUAAUUGUUCAUCUGAAUGUGAACUUGGACGAUUAGGUCGUAACUGUUUAUCAUACUGUAGUGUCCAUUGCUUAAAUGGUUUAUCCUAUUGUGAUAAAGCAAACGGCAAAUGUAACCGAGGAUGUGAAGCAGGUUAUAUGGGCAAAAAUUGUUUCGAAGGUUGUCCAGAUGGCAAAUAUGGUUUUGACUGUAAUUCAACGUGUACAAGUCAUUGUUACAAUGGGACAGGUCAAUGUAACAAGACCACAGGUGAAUGCAUACAGGGUUGCACGGCUGGAUAUUUUGGCAAUAAUUGUUCAUCUGAAUGUGAACUUGGACGAUUUGGUCGUAACUGUUCAUCAUACUGUAGUGUCCAUUGCUUAAAUGGUUUAUCCCAUUGUGAUAAAUCAACCGGCAAAUGUAACCGAGGAUGUGAAGCAGGUUAUACGGGCAAAAAUUGUUCCGAAGAAUGUCCAGAUGGCAAAUUUGGCGUAAACUGUUUGCGAUCGUGCCGUUGUUUUAAUGGGGAAGCCUGUCGUAAAACGGAUGGCUACUGCAAAAAUGGAUGUGCAUUUGGAUGGACUGGAACUAACUGUAGUGAAGACAGGAAUAUCUUAAGAACUAUGACAGAACAGGCAAAAACAAGCAUGUCAUCAACUGCUCACAACUGGACAUCAGAUCUUGCUAUUGAUGGCGAUGUAGGGCCUGUCCCUGAUGCAUGUCACUGCUGCAGCGGUACACAAAACUCUCAAACAUCAUGGUGGAUGGUAGAUAUUGGUAAACGAUUCCCAGUUAACCAUAUUACAGUUUACAGCAGACGUAACGGUUUUCAUAUUUUAUUUCUUUAUGCAGAGAAAGAUUACCAGCAGCUGACUGGUUUCCAGCUUUACUUUUCUAACGACACCGCGACAGAUUCAUUUAUAUCAAACGGAAACAAAACAUCAACGAAUUCGGGUUCCAAGCAUGAACUAACAUUUCUGAGUAUUGUUACCAGAUAUAUCAGAAUACAGAGGUCCGGUAUAUUGACAUUGUGUGAAGUUCGUGUUUACGAAGGAGAAUGUCCGGUUGGAACGUUCGGGGACGAAUGCUCACAAAACUGCCACUGCGCAGAUGAGCGGCCAUGUGAUGCAAUAACAGGUUAUUGCCAGUCACCUAUCUGUAAAACAGGAUGGAUUGGAUUAGCAUGCAACAAGCAAUGUCCACAAGAUACCUUUGGAGAUAAAUGCGCUGAGAAAUGUUUCUGUGCAAAGGGUACAUGUACCAAUAGUUAUGGAAUAUGUCAUGGUAAAUGUCGAUCCGGAUACACUGGUUCACACUGUAAUGAAGCCGACAUUUUCAAAACACAAAACCAGACAGAUGUUCACACCAGUAGCGAGCAUAGUGCUACCAAAAUAAUAGGAGGGACAGUAGGUGGUUCUGUAGCAGUUAUUAUUGUGAUUAUAGCAAUUAGUAUCAUCAUAUUCAAAUCUAGAAAGAGAAACAGCAAGGAUAGCAAACAUGAUUAUGAAACACCAGACAUCACACGUGCACAGACAGAAACAGAAUACGAUACAUUAGACAACACGAAUGACAAUCGAGGCCAGUCCAACAACAAUUAUGAAAACGUGAAAGUCAGCGCCUUUUGA